UCAAGAGUUUUUGAGUAGUUUUAUGCGGAAGUAGUUUGUUUUAAGGGCAGACCUCUUCUGAUCGUCUCAUAACUUUGACUGGUGGUGACAAAACAUCUACUCUAUUGGUUUAGAUUGCUGAUUUUAAGUUCAGAAAACUGUUAGGCAAAGCUUCUUAUUUCUAUAGCAGUGAUGCAAACUACCGCAGAGGUGUCCGGCUCAGGUUUGGAUCUCAUUUUUAAGUAUAUUGACGAGCAGCAAAAUGAAUUUGUACAGGAGCUAAAGGAAUGGGUGGCUAUACCAAGCGAUUCCAGUGACCCCCAAGCAUGGGACAAAAUAGUUAGAAUGCUAAAUGUGACAGCAGACAAGAUCAAAACAUUGGGAGGAAAUGUUGAGCUUGCAGAUUUGGGAAGUCAGAAGAUGUCUAAUGGGCAAUCAGUUCACCUACCACCUGUAAUAUUAGCUGAACUCAAGAAGGACCCAAAGAAACCCACCCUCUGUAUUUACGGGCAUGUUGACGUGCAGCCUGCUAAGAAGGAGGACGGCUGGACCACUGACCCGUACACGCUCACAGAAAUCAAUGGUAACUUGUAUGGACGUGGAGCUUCAGACAACAAAGGUCCAGUUUUAGCCUGGCUCCAUGCUGUGGAAGCUUAUCAAUCACUAAAGCAGGAACUUCCAGUGAACAUCAAGUUUAUUAUUGAAGGCAUGGAAGAGGCUGGAUCCAAUGGCCUGGAUACACUCACUGAGCAACGGAACAUGACCUUUUUCUCUGAUGUGGACUAUAUAGUCAUCUCAGACAAUAUCUGGAUCAGCAAGAAACCUGCUCUCACAUAUGGAACCAGGGGAAACUGUUACUUCUUUGUAGAGGUCGAAGGCCAAAAGCAAGAUAUGCACUCUGGAGUGUUUGGUGGUUCCGUUCACGAAGCAAUGACAGACUUGAUAGCUUUGCUUGACAGCCUUGUGGAAUCCAGUGGUCACAUUCUGAUCCCUGCUAUAAAUGAAGCUGUCGCCCCUCUCACAGAGGAAGAGAAGAAGAGGUAUCAGGGGAUUCAGUUUGAUCUGGAAGUACAUAAAAAAGAUUGUGGUGUGACAAAAUUCUUAUUUGAUACCAAGGAAGAAAUACUUCAGCACCGUUGGCGCUAUCCAUCCUUGUCGAUACAUGGAAUUGAGGGAGCUUUUUUUGAAACUGGAACCAAAACUGUUAUUCCUAGAAAAGUGACUGGAAAAUUUUCAAUCCGUCUGGUUCCUAACAUGGAUCCUUCAGAGGUGGAAAAACAGGUCACAGAAUACCUUCACAAAGUGUUCGCUGAGCGAAACAGCCCCAACCAGCUGAAAGUGACUAUGCCUAUUAGUGCAAAACCAUGGCUAGCCGAUGUGAGUGAUCCUCAGUUUGUAGCUGGACGCAGAGCAGUACAGACAGUAUUUGGAGUGGACCCUGACCUGAUUUGUGAAGGAUCCACCAUUCCCAUUGCUAGAAACUUUCAGGAUGUGACAGGCAAGAGCAUCAUGAUGCUGCCAAUAGGGGGUGCGGAUGAUGGCGAGCAUUCACAGAAUGAGAAAAUGAGCAGGUCCAACUACAUACAAGGAACAAAGCUGUUUGCAGCUUUUUUUUAUGAACUUUCUCAACUUCCACAUAAAUAGUGAACAAUUGAGUCAAUCUCAUAAUGGAAAUGAAUAGACUAGAAUAUAUUAAUUAUCCAAUAUGGUGUAGCACCUAGACGAUGAUUGUAUGCAAUAUUAUGUUAAGUAGGUAGUCAAAGUUCACAAAGGGUCAUGGUUCACAAAUUGUCCAUGUUUGGCAGUACACCCAAUGUGAAACUAUUUGAUAUAUGCACGGAAGAUAUGUGCUCCAUAACAUGAUGACUACUUGAUAUAUGCACAGAAGAUAUGUGCUUCAUAAUAUGAUGACUAUGGAUGCACAAUUUCACAUUAAGGUUCCCCAGAGAUCCAGGAAAAAUAUCUUGAAUUAGACUACUAGGCUUAACGGGAACCUUCAUGAAGAGACACAAAACAAAAAACAAAAAAACUUUUUAAACGAUGGACUGGUUUUCCCCAUUCUCCUUAUCAAGCUGUGUUGAAAAUGCCUCUUUGUUUUGUGUGCAUCAGCCCAUUAGUUCACAAAAGGUGUAUUGUAUACAGUACUCAUGGACCUGUCAUGUCUUUUAUGGUAUAUUCUGGAAAGGAAAAACCUCUGUAGAAAUAUACAAUGGCCCUUUGCCCUGAAUCACCCCCUGAACAAACUGUACCACCUUUGAAUUUGAAUCAUGGCUCUAUAAAGUACAGCAUAUAUGAAGCAACAUUCAGGUAUUAUGUCAUUAACAUUUGUCCUACAUUUCAAAUCUCAGUUAACAAUACAGACCAAAUAUGGCCUUGACAUGAUGUAACAAAUGUAAUACAAUUAUAAAUCAUUA